CUAGGAUACCAAACAGCAGCAUCCAGACUUAACUGUUUCCAUCUUUGGAUACACACAGAGCUUAUUCUUCUAGACAAGAGUGAAGAAAAUACCAGUAAGGGUUUGGUCACCCUUGCAUCAGGAACAAAGUUCUCCUCUUCAUAUGAGUGUGAGUUGUCUUUUAAUCCAAAAGGACUAAUUGCCGUCACAGAUACUUGGAGAACUGAAAAUGGAGACUGCAUAUCUCAAAAAAUGCCUAGGCAGAUGCUUGGCAGAGGGCCUUGCCGAGGUGGCAGAACGUUGGCCAGCAGACCCAAUCCUGUACUUGGCAUGGUGGAUUUAUAAAUAUCGAAAAAAUAUGGAUGAUGCACUUCACAGGAAACUGGAAAGGGAAGAUCUGGAGCGAGAGCGUGAGGAGGCCAAAAGAGAACUGGAAAUGAUCGAAAGAAUGAAGGAAGAAGAACUUUUGUUUCAGCAGAAGCUUGAAGAAGAGCGGCAGGCACAAAUGGAACGAGAACGGGAAGAACAAGAGAGAUUAGAGAGAGAAAGAGAAGAAGAGCUUCUAUUGGAGCAGAAACUACAAGCAGAGUUGGAGGCAAAGGCAGCUGCUGAGAAAGAGACACCGUCGAAAACCUUAGCUGAGCUGACCGACAAAUAUGGGGCUCCUCAUCUGAGCAGAGUUGACGAGAUAGAUGAAAUUGAACAAUCUGACCAUGCACUGACUACAGUAGCUGAGACAGAGGAAGGAGAUGAGUCUCCUGUUUGAGAGAUAUCUUUCUCACCUGCAGCUGUUUAUUCCAGAAACUUCAAGGGCUGCUACAAGUGUGGAUGGCUGGUAUCUGUUUUAGGGCUACUGAUACAAUGAAUUAAUGCAGCUAAAGAGCAAACUCCCACCACCAAGAUAUAAAAUAAAAGCAAGUUGUAUAAGGUA